GAAAUGCACUGUUGUGGUUUACAUAACCUCAAAAAAACGCGUAUUAUAUACGUGAUGUUAAUUGUACAUGAAAACCGCAUAUCUGGAAUAUCAAAAUGACUACACCACCAGCCGCGUUGGUAAAUAGAAAUAAGAAGCAUUUUUUAGGAGUUCCAGCCCCUCUCGGUUAUGUAGCCGGAGUCGGAAGAGGGGCGACGGGAUUCACCACACGUUCGGAUAUUGGUCCAGCACGAGAUGCUAACGAUGUCUCCGAUGACCGACAUGCUCCACCGGCAGCCAAACGUACAAAGAAGAAAGAGGAGGAAGAGGAAGAUAAGGAUGAUGAAGAUUUGAACGAUUCAAAUUAUGACGAAUUCAGUGGUUACGGAGGUUCACUUUUUGCCAAAGAUCCAUAUGACAAGGAUGACGCCGAAGCUGACGCUAUAUACGAAGCCAUUGACAAACGAAUGGACGAGAAGAGAAAAGAAUAUCGAGAGAAACGGCUAAAGCAGGAGUUGGAAAGGUAUCGCCAGGAAAGACCGAAGAUACAACAGCAGUUUUCUGAUUUGAAACGCGAUUUAAUUACCGUAAGCGAUGACGAGUGGCGGAAUGUACCGGAGGUGGGCGAUGCAAGAAAUCGCAAACAGAGAAAUCCAAGGGCGGAAAAGUUUACGCCUCUACCCGAUAGUGUGCUAGCACGUAAUUUAGGGGGAGAAUCCUCUACAUCGAUUGAUCCGACUUCUGGGUUAGCCAGUAUGACGCCCGGCGUUGCGACACCUGGUAUGCUAACCCCAACCGGUGAUAUGGAUUUACGGAAGAUAGGACAGGCUAGAAAUACACUUAUGAAUGUUAAACUGUCACAGGUUUCUGAUUCUGUGACGGGCCAAACUGUUGUCGAUCCUAAGGGGUAUCUUACAGAUUUGCAAUCUAUGAUCCCGACAUAUGGCGGAGAUAUCAAUGACAUUAAAAAGGCUCGAUUGCUAUUAAAAUCGGUUAGGGAAACAAACCCAAACCAUCCGCCUGCCUGGAUUGCCACCGCUCGUCUAGAAGAAGUUACAGGCAAAAUUCAAGCGGCACGUAAUUUAAUAAUGAAAGGUUGCGAAACUAAUGCUCAAAGUGAAGAUUUAUGGUUGGAAGCUGCCCGUCUGCAACCUCCUGAUACGGCUAAAGCUGUUAUUGCGCAAGCUGCGCGUCAUAUACCAACGUCUGUAAGAAUUUGGAUUAAAGCAGCCGAUUUGGAAUCCGAAACGAAAGCUAAACGUCGCGUAUAUAGAAAGGCAUUAGAGCAUAUACCCAACUCGGUACGUUUGUGGAAAGCCGCCGUUGAACUGGAAAAUCCGGACGACGCCAGGAUUCUACUAUCGCGUGCCGUCGAGUGUUGCUCGACCGCCGUGGAGUUAUGGCUGGCGCUCGCCAAACUGGAGACGUACGAGAACGCGAGGAAGGUCCUGAACAAAGCUCGCGAGAAUAUUCCGACGGACAAGUCGAUAUGGACGACGGCCGCGAAACUCGAGGAGGCUCACGGUAAUCAUCAGAUGGUGGAGCGUAUCAUUGAACGCGCGCUAAUGUCUUUGAAUUCGAAUGGAGUCGAAAUUAAUCGGGAGCACUGGUUUAAAGAGGCGAUAGAGAGUGAGAAGGGAGGACACAUUCAUUGUUGUCGGGCUAUUGUGAAGGCUAUUAUUGGGAGCGGGGUUGAGCCAGAAGAUCAGAAACACACGUGGAUGGAAGAUGCCGAUAAUUGUGUCUCCCAAGGCGCUUACGAAUGCGCGCGCUCUGUUUAUAGUCACGCUUUAACAGCCUUCCCAUCCAAAAAAUCUAUUUGGUUACGUGCUGCUUACUUGGAAAAAAAUCAUGGUACCAGGGAAAGUUUAGAAAGUUUACUGCAACGUGCUGUGGCACAUUGUCCCAAGAGUGAGGUGCUGUGGUUGAUGGGUGCCAAAAGUAAGUGGUUGGCGGGUGAUGUGCCAGCGGCGCGAGGCAUUCUUUCCCUCGCCUUCCAAGCCAAUCCUAACAGUGAAGAAAUUUGGCUUGCCGCCGUCAAAUUGGAAUCGGAAAACAACGAAUACGAGCGAGCAAGACGGCUAUUGGCAAAAGCGCGAGGUUCCGCUCCUACCCCACGUGUAUUAAUGAAGAGUGCAAAAUUAGAGUGGGCUUUAAAUGAUCUCAAUCCCGCACUCGCACUUCUAGACGACGCUUUAAAGGUUUUCCCUGAUUUUCCCAAGCUAUGGAUGAUGAUGGGGCAAAUUCACGAACACAAGAAAGACGUUUCUAAGGCCUUUGACGCGUACAGCAGUGGUAUCAAGAAGUGCCCCAAUUCGAUCCCGCUAUGGGUUUUACUGGCGAAAUUAGAGGAAAGUCGCGGACUACUAACGAAAGCACGAUCAGUUCUGGAAAGAGCACGUCUAAAGAACCCUAAAAAUGACUUGCUGUGGUUAGAAGGGAUUCGGAUUGAGUUGCGCACGGGCGUCAAGGAGAUUGCAUCGUCCAUGAUUGCAAAAGCCUUACAAGAGUGUCCUACAUCCGGUAUAUUAUGGGCAGAAUCGAUAUUUUUGGAACCGCGUCCACAACGCAAAGCAAAAUCGGUCGACGCCUUAAAGAAAUGCGAACACGAUCCGCACGUUUUGUUGGCAGUGAGCCGAUUAUUCUGGUCGGAACGCAAGAUAGGCAAGUGUCGCGAAUGGUUUCAGAGAACAAUAAAAAUUGAACCCGAUUUGGGCGACGCGUGGGCUAAUUGGUUCAGAUUUGAGCAGGUACAUGGCACUACAGAUCAACAAAAUGAGGUUAAGCAAAGAUGCUUAGCUGCCGAACCGCAUCAUGGAGAAUUGUGGUGUUCAAUUUCAAAAAACAUAAAGAAUUGGUGUUUUAGUACAGAGCAAAUACUGCUAGCUGCCGCUAAAAAUGUUCCAAUUCCGAUAUAAAAGUGUAAUUUAAUUUUUAAAUAAAUGGUAUUUUCCUUUUG